UUUUGUGAGUGUUGGUAACGCCACUUUUAGCUGUGCCGUCAGCUAUAAAAAAUAUAUUAUAAUCUCGCUCGUAACUUUUGAUCGCAUCUAAUCUAAGCAAAAAUGCAAAGGCAAGUGAUAAAUCUGCUGGGAAAUGUGACGCGACAGGUGCGCAGCCACCGUGCAUUCUCCGUGACACAGCAGAAGUGGGAAAUCUUCAAAGUGCAAAGCCCCGAGGAUUUCGAAAAGAAAGUGAAGAACAGCCAGGAGCCAGUUAUUGUAGAUUUCUUUGCAACAUGGUGUAAUCCCUGCAAGCUAUUGACGCCGCGCAUCGAGGGCAUUGUGGGCGAGCAGGCGGGCUCAAUUAAACUGGCCAAAGUAGACAUCGAUGAGCACAGUGAACUGGCGCUGGACUACGAUGUGGCUGCCGUUCCCGUGCUAGUGAUCAUGCAGAACGGCAAGGAAGUGCAGCGCAUGGUGGGCCUCCAGGAUGAGGACAAGAUACGCGCUUGGGUUGCCACAGCAGUCAAGAAUGCAAAGCAGUAGGGGAUGAUGAAAUCCAGCCGCAAGCAAUCCAAAAUGUACACAAAAAGCUUUAAGUUUGUUGUGCUUUUUUCAUAAUAAAUGUUAUUACUCGUUGCAAAAACAGCUUAAA